AUGGCUUCCCAUUCUCUUGAAACCUCCAGUGUGCAUCUGUCCAGAAUUCAGCCGGCCCUCCACAAAGGAGCACCUUGCCCACUGGCUAACUGCAAAGGUGUGAGGCUUCCAGGAACCCAUCCCUACCCCUUCCCAGGUGCUGACCAUGGAUACCUCUGCCCAGGGUCAGCAGGAGAUCUUGUUGCCUGUCUGGACCGAUUCGAACCAGAGUCUCAUUUGCCCAAAGCAUGGGAAUGCCAGAGACUGCCCAAGGUGCAAGAGCCAAGACAAGAAGAGACAUGGACAAUAAAAUCCCGGUUCAUCUCCUUCAUGAAGGUCCCAAUGCUGUUUUUAUUUCUCUACAUGUUUGUGUGCUCCCUGGAUGUCCUUAGCUCAGCCUUCCAGUUGGCAGGAGGCAAAGUUGCUGGAGAUAUUUUCAAGGACAACGCUAUUCUGUCUAACCCAGUUGCUGGGCUGGUGGUGGGGAUUCUGGUAACUGUUCUGGUUCAGAGCUCCAGCACAUCAACGUCUAUCAUUGUCAGCAUGGUAUCCUCGGGAUUAUUUUCAGUAGAAGCUGCCAUUCCUAUUAUCAUGGGCUCAAACAUUGGGACCUCAGUCACAAAUACCAUAGUAGCUCUAAUGCAGGCUGGAGAUAGGAAUGAAUUUAAGCGUGCGUUUGCUGGUGCCACAGUCCACGACUGCUUCAACUGGCUCUCUGUGCUGGUGCUGCUGCCCCUCGAGGUUGCCAGCGGGCUCCUGUAUCACCUCACUGUGAUUGUAGUGGAGACUUUCCAGAUCCAGAGUGGAGAGGAUGCUCCUGAGCUGCUGAAGAUCAUCACUGAGCCUUUCACAAAACUCAUCAUACAACUGGACAAAUCUGUGAUCACAGGCAUUGCGACUGGGGACGAGAGUCUGAGGAAUAAGAGCCUGGUGAAGGUGUGGUGCAGGACCAGUGUCUCUGUGUCCUCUCUGAAUGUCACAGUGAAUGGUCCUUUGAACUGCACCUCACCUGGACUCUGCUGGACAGAGGGAGACACAACCUGGACCACUGUUAACCAGACACUGGAUAACCAUUCUGAUAAAUGUAAUCACCUAUUUGUGAAUUCCAGCAUGCCAGACUUGGUGGUGGGGCUCAUUCUGUUAGCCGCCUCGCUGGUGGUUCUCUGCACCUGUCUGAUGCUGCUGGUCAAGCUGCUCAACUCUGUCCUGAAGGGGCAGGUUGCUAAUGUGAUCCAGAAAGUCAUCAACACAGAUUUUCCAUAUCCAUUUGGGUGGCUGACGGGAUACCUGGCCAUGGUUGUAGGAGCAGGGAUGACGUUCAUCGUUCAGAGCAGCUCAGUGUUCACUUCUGCCAUCACCCCACUUAUUGGUAUUGGUGUGAUUAGUAUCGAACGAGCCUAUCCACUCACACUCGGCUCCAAUAUUGGCACCACCACCACUGCCAUUCUGGCUGCUCUGGCCAGUCCAGGGGACAAGCUAGCAGCAGCUUUUCAGAUUGCUCUCUGCCAUUUCUUCUUCAACAUCUUUGGUAUCCUCCUGUGGUACCCCAUCCCUUGCACACGCUUGCCCAUCCGCAUGGCCAAGACCCUCGGGGAGCGCACCGCCAAGUACCGCUGGUUCGCAGUGCUCUACCUGAUCCCCUUGGCUGGGUGGCAAGUCAUGGUGGGAGUAGGAGCUCCCUUUGCAGGGAUCUUGGUCUUCAUCAGCUUCAUCAACUGCCUUCAGACCAGAAGCCCAGACCACCUGCCAAAGAAACUGCAGAGCUGGGACUUCCUCCCCCAGUGGAUGCAUUCUCUGAAGCCAAUGGACACAUUCAUCACCAAUGCCACGCUGUGCUGCACAGACCAUUGCACCUCAAAGGAGAGCGACACCCAAGAUAAGUCUCCCCAGGGGAAAGAUAAGCUAGCUUAUGAGAACCCAGCCAUUGCCUAUCUGGAUGAGAGCCCAACAGCUGACCUGGUGCUGACCCUUCGCGGACUGGAGAGGCAGAAAAGCACACAGCUUUAGGUGAUGGGUUACAGAGUAGAUUUGUUUUUCAAUGUUAUUUGAUAAAUCUUUACUAGUUUGUCUGCACACUAUUU